AUGGCCAUCGUUACCUUUGCUGUCUCCCCCUCAGUCGUAAAGACCCUUAUUGCCUUCGCUGUCUUCCUCGUCCUUGCACGAGUCACCCUUUGUGCCCUCGCAAGCAUUGCUGUCCUCACCCUCGGGCAAACUCCCUUGAUGUCUCUCAACCCUUAUACCUAUGCCUCGCCCAUAGUUCUUUACAGUUGA